CCGACUGCCACUCGUGCUUCGAAGCAUGAGCUCGCUGCCACCGUUGCCGACAGACAAGACCGACAAGCCCGAUGCCAAGUUUGCCAUCGAAAAGCAGACGUGGGCCGAGCAGCACGCGCCGCAGUGGAUGCUGCCGUACAUCCAACUCGCGCGCUUGAACCGCCCUGCAGGCACUUACAUGCUGCUGUGGCCGACGUUUUGGAGCACAGCGCUCGCUGCCCCCAUGGGCGCGUUCCCGGACCCGAAGCUGCUCGGGCUCUUUGCAGCAGGCGCGCUCAUCAUGCGUGGCGCCGGUUGCACGAUCAACGACAUGUGGGACAAGGACUUUGACAAGCAGGUCGAGCGCACGAACCAGCGGCCGCUCGCGUCGGGCGCACUCACGUACCCGCAAGCCUGGCGCUUCCUCGCGCUGCAAUUGUCGGCCGGGCUCGGUGUGCUCGUGCAGCUCAACCCGUACACGAUCGGCCUCGGUGCGUCGUCGCUCGUGUUCGUGGCGGCCUACCCGUACAUGAAGCGGGUGACGUACUGGCCGCAAGCCAUGCUCGGGCUCACCUUCAACUAUGGCGCGCUCGUUGGGUGGGCGGCGGUGCACGGCAGCUGCGACUGGAGCGUUGUGCUGCCACUCUACGCGGCCGGCGUCUCGUGGACGCUCGUGUACGAUACGCUGUAUGCGCAUCAGGACAAGACGGACGACAAGCGCAUUGGUGUCAAGUCGACCGCGCUCCUCUUUGCCGACAAGACGCAGCCGAUUCUGAACGCGUUCUCGGUCGCUACGAUUGCUGGUCUUGGCCUCUCGGGGUACAUGGUGGACAUGGGCGCUCCGUUCUACGGGGCGCUGGCGGCCGCCGCGGGCCACCUCGCGUGGCAAGUCAACACGGCCAAGCUUGACGACCCGAUCAACCUCCAGACGCGUUUCGCGUCCAACAAGUACUUUGGCGCGCUCGUGUUUACCGGCAUCGUCGCUGGCAAGCUCUUUUAGACACCAUCGCUUGCUACAAGAAGGCACGUCCUUAAUAUCGUAAACGCAGUCGUCCCUGACGACGCGCUGUGUGCUGGUCGGCGAUGACCCAAGACGUUGCGCAAUCUCAUGAUGCCAAUCAAAGAAAAAAAAGGAUCAGGGAG